UGCGAAUUGCGAUUGAAAGUGCAAUUUUUCUAUACGUAAAUCGCCUACGUUGCUGAGUUGGCUUACUUUUUUGGAUUUAACUUUCGAAAACAAUUAUUUUCCAAAUAUGUCAAAGAAAAGGGGUGGAAAGAAAAACCAAGAUUUCGAUGACGAUCUCGAGGAAAAGUCUACUGUAGGCAACAAUAUUUCUGAGAUAACCUCAAAAGCAAAGGGUAAAGGUAAAAAGAAAGCCAAGGCUAAAGCUGACUUCAGUGACAGUGACGAGGGCGGUAAAGGAGACCUCAAGGCCCAUUUGAGCGAUGAAGAAGAGGUCCGCCAGCCUGCGGUGAAGAAAUCGCAGAAGAAAGGUAAGAAUAAAAAAAUGGGAGCUGAAUCUGAGGAUGAAGAAGAUGAUGGAAAGUCAGUCACCAGUAGUGCAACCAACACAUCUAAGAAUCCUAGCAAAGGAGGCAAAAAGAAAAAAGGCAAAGGUAAAAAAGAUGAUGACUGGUCAGAUGGAGCAAGCGAGGUUGAAUUCAAACAAGAAGUUUCUGAGGAUGAUAUAGCUAAACCUGUAGCUAGUAAAAAGAAAACCAAAAAUAAAAAGAAAAAAAAAGCUAUAGAGUCUUCUGAUGAUGAAGAGCAUGAGGAUGCAAAGUCAAUUGCCACCAAUGUUUUCAGUAACACAUCAAAGCCUUCAGCCAAGAGUAAUAGUAAAAAAGGUAACAAAGAAGAGUUGCCAGUCGACGAAAGUGAGGAGGAACAAGAAGAUUCUCCCGAUGAACAAGUAUUGCCUGCUAAGAAAAAGGGUAAUAAAAGCAAAACGCCUGUAGAUGAUGUGGAGGAAGAAAUCAAAAAACUAAAUCUGAAAGAGUCUUUGCCAGAAUUUGAAAAGUUUAUAAAGUCUAAGGGCAAAACAGCGGAUGGCAGUGAUGCUUCAGGAGAUGAAGACAGUAAGGCUUCUGGAGGCAAAACGGAAGCCGCGGAGAAGAAAUUGAGCCACAAAGAGAAGAAGAAACUGAAGAAGAUGCAAGAAUACGAGAAGCAGAUGGAGAUGAUGACAAAGAAGGGCGGGCAGGGCCACAGCGAGCUGGACGCCAACUUCACCGUCAGCCAGGCGCAGAAAUCUGCUGGUCAAAUGGCAGCGCUGGAGAACGCAGUAGACAUCAAAGUCGAAAACUUUUCCAUAGCAGCUAAAGGGAAAGACCUAUUCGUGAAUGCGAACCUGCUGAUCGCUCACGGGCGUCGCUACGGUCUCGUGGGGCCGAACGGGCACGGCAAGACUACGCUGCUGCGGCAUUUGGCUCAGCGUGCCUUCCCGCUCCCUCCCCAUAUAGACAUACUGUUGUGCGAGCAGGAGGUCACUGCUAAUGAUAUGAGCGCUGUGGAAACUAUAUUGGAAGCCGAUGUUAAGAGGACUGAACUGCUCAAAGAGUGCAAAGAGUUGGAAGCUGAAACAGAGAAAGGAAAUCUCAGCAAGCAAGAAAGAUUAAAUGAGGUGUACGCAGAGUUGAAGGCGAUCGGAGCGGACUCCGCGGAGCCGCGCGCGCGGCGCAUCCUCGCCGGUCUGGGCUUCAGCCGCGAGAUGCAGGACCGCGCCACCAAGAACUUCUCCGGUGGCUGGCGCAUGAGGGUCUCGCUGGCGAGAGCUCUGUACAUUGAACCUACGCUGCUAAUGCUCGACGAGCCUACGAACCACUUGGAUCUCAACGCCGUCAUUUGGCUCGACAACUACCUCCAAGGCUGGAAGAAGACGCUGCUGGUGGUGUCCCACGACCAGUCCUUCCUCGACAACGUGUGCAACGAGAUCAUCCACCUCGACCAGCAGAAGCUGUUCUACUACAAGGGCAACUACUCCAUGUUCAAGAAGAUGUACGCGCAGAAGAGGAAAGAGCAAAUCAAGGAGUAUGAGAAACAGGAGAAGAGGCUGAAGGACUUGAAGGCGCAUGGACAGUCUAAGAAACAGGCCGAAAAGAAACAGAAAGACGCGUUAACACGCAAGCAAGAAAAGAACAGAAGCAAGACGCAACGCGAAGAGGAGGAAUCAGCGGUGCCUGUGACAUUACUGCAGAGGCCCAAGGAAUACCUCGUCAAGUUCUCGUUCCCUGACCCACCGCCGCUACAGCCGCCCAUCCUGGGGCUACACAACGUGGACUUCAACUUCCCCGGUCAGAAGCCGCUGCUAAAGCAGGUGGACUUCGGUAUAGACUUGAACUCGCGCGUGGCCAUCGUCGGCCCCAACGGCGUGGGCAAGUCCACCUUCCUCAAGCUGCUGGUGGGCGAGCUGAGCCCUGUCCGCGGCGAGCUCAUUAGGAACCACAGGCUGAGGAUAGGCAGGUUCGACCAGCACUCCGGCGAGCACCUGACGGCGGAGGAGACGCCCGCGGAGUACCUGCAGCGGUUGUUCGGGCUGCAGUACGAGAAGGCGCGCAAGGCGCUCGGUACCUUCGGCCUGGCCAGCCACGCGCACACCAUCAAGAUGAAGGACCUCAGCGGCGGCCAGAAGGCCAGGGUGGCGUUGGCCGAGCUCACCAAUAUGGCGCCCGACGUUGUCAUUCUUGACGAGCCGACGAACAACCUGGACAUCGAAAGCAUAGACGCGCUAGCGGAGGCCAUCAACAACUACAAGGGCGGCGUGGUGAUCGUGUCCCACGACGAGCGGCUCAUCAGGGAGACUGACUGCGCGCUCUACGUCAUCGAGGACAAGACCAUCAAUGAGGUUGACGGCGAUUUCGAUGACUACCGCAAGGAGCUGCUGGAGAGUCUCGGCGAGACCAUCAACUCGCCCUCCAUCGCCGCCAACGCCGCCGUGGCGCAGUAAAUCUAACACCACGAAUUUGUCUAACCACUUCAGCCACCUCAAAAAUAUGUAUACUAUUUUGUUUCGAAUAUUAUUCCCCAGGCAUUAGCGCCUAAGCGUAUACAUAUUGUUGGAUGUGACUGCGUACUGACGCGCAUACAGUCAAGUAAGAUUGAAGUACCCAAAAAGUCAAAUUGUAAUAAGACAUAGAAAAAGAUCGUGAUAACUAAAAAACAAGCGAGUUUUUUUAGCUUAUUUCUACAACACGAUUUAUCUUACGUAACGUGAGAUUUUUUUUGUAUUUAAAAAUAGCAGAACUAAAAGUGGGGUUUUUAGAAAGUAUGACGUAGAACCGAGGCACUAAUAUUUUUUUUACAAAUUUUUACAAGCAUUAAUAAUAAUUAUAAAUUACAAAUAUGGAAUCAAUGAAAUAUUUUAUUUAAAUCUCAGAUAAAAUAUCAAAUUAGCCGUGUGACGGAAAUCAUGGUUGUGGCGCUUGUGGCAGAUUAUGUAUUAGCAGAUAUAUGUUAGAAAAAUAUACUUAUUUGAUGUAAUUAUAAUAGGGUUGUUUCCACAUGUUGACUUUUAACUAAAUCUAGUUAAAUAUAUAGAAAAUGAGCAGUUUCUCGCAAUAAAUUGGAAACUUUAAAAAUACAUGGGAAUAAUAAACAAAUACAAGACUUCAAGUAAAAAAAAAAACUUCCAAAUAGUAGAAAAAUAAUGGUACCAUUCGAUUCCUUACAUUAUAUUAAAAAAAAAAUUGUAGAGCAACAAUAUUUAACCGACAAAAUCGCAAUUUACUUGUUUUUUACGGUUUCUAAGCAAUAGCGACGUUACAUGCUGACGUCACGGUGUAAUGCCAAUUUGUUAGAAGCGUUUUGUCAGUAUAGUGCGGGUGCCAGACUUUGACCAGUUUGACCAUCAUUUGAGACUUCGUAUUGCUUUAAGACAAUGGGUCCCAUACAGACAUUUAAUCCUCAAAACAAACCUGAUCGACUGAUACCAUUAAUAAAAAAUUGUGGAAUACCCUAUUGUAAAAUCCUUUUUAAUACAGUUGCUCAAAAAGUACUACUUUUCGUGGCUGUUUAGCGUGUGGAAAGUUGGUUUUCGCGAACUAGUGCUUUUUACUUUUCCAAUUUUUUUAAAUUUAUACUUGUUCCAAUUCAUAAUUAGUUUCCUUUAAACGUCGUAAUCAACAUAAAAACCUACUGUUAAUGUAAGAAUACGAAAAAUAUGCAUAUUUCAUAUUUUAUUACUUACCUCUUCAUCAUUAUAAGUAUUACACGUUUAUUUUUUAAUGUUGAAAAACUGUUCUUAAUAAGUUGUCUGAAUGGAACGGAACGCCUGUCAAAGAAGAGGCGUAUUUUCUUACUGCAAGUAUGUUUUAAGUUUCCAAAGGCAACAUUCGAUAUUGUUUUUAAAAAUAUACGAUACACAAAUAAUCGUAAAUAACGAUAUUGGUUGUAUUGAUUGAUUGAUGGAUCAUUUAUUUGUCAAUAUGGGUUACAGAGGUCUUAAAACUAUUUACAAUAUGUAAUUACAUAGGAUCUCCACAUUGUGCCUACAAACUGGCAUACAAAUUAAAUUAAACUAGCCUAAGUCCAUUCAUAUUAUAUUAACUUAACUAUUAAGGAACUCGCCCACACUGUAGAAACAUUUCCCACACAGCCAAGCUGUCAUCAUGUUCUUAAAUGUUGUAUUCUUUUCCCCUUUAAAUUCAUCCGGUAACUUAUUAUAAAUUGUAAUGCACAUGAUGUAUGAAUUUUUAGAUGCUAAUUCUAGUUUUGUAGCUGGUUUGUGUAAUUUAUGUUUAUAUUGUUGUCUAACAUUACGAGAGCUCAUCUGUUGUGCUUCUAUGAAUUCAUCUUUAUAUUUAUGAACAAACAUACAGACCUCAGCUAUAUACACGCAAGCAACAGUUAGAAUAUUGUGCUGUAUUUAGGUAAUAAUAGUACAAUGUUUUAAUAUUUACAAUUGUUUCUGUCUUAUAGAACAUGCAUUUGAAAAAAAAACUCAUUGAAGUGGGUUCGAUAAUAAUAACAAAAUCUAUUCUAGUCGAAUAAAAGCUAGAAAAACACCUCUUCAUAAUGUCAAUGUCAAUGAUGUCACAGAAUUAAUCAUAUAAAAAGUUUCGAAUUCCAUUCCUUAAUACUUGUUGUUUUUCUUAUUUUUUCGCAACUGUAUUAAAAAACGUCGUUCGAUACACGUGCGAAUAUGUCAUUCUUCACUCGUCCCGAGUCUUGCCACUCGCCUACGGCUCGUGGCAAGAUAUCUCGGUACUCGUGGAGUAAUGACAUACUUUCCGCACUAGCAUCGAAAUGUACUAUUUUUAUUCGUCAACCCAAUAAAUAGCCAACCUCGUUACUAAAUAGCUAAUUGAUAUUUUUACAUGUAAUUGAAUGUUAGAUUAAUUCAAUGUGAUUAGUGCAUUUUUUACACCCCCAAUAUGUUUUUAAUUAAUUUUUUUUUUUUACAUGUAAUUGAAUGUGAUUGAAUACAUUUUUUAAAC